AGCAGUUUUGUUUUGACCUUCAUGAUGUUGAUUAUCUUGCAACUAGAGUACUGAUAAAUAUGAAUAUGUACUCAUAACUUGCACAGGCGUAGGCGCGACGCCAUGAUGAGAGUGAGAGACACCACUCUUUUACGGAGGGGGGCCUCUCGCUCUCUUUUCUUUAUCCUCCAGUCACUUACACAUUGAUCUUAUCGUCAUUUACAUUAUGCGAGAGAAAAACAAAAAGAUGCGCUGCUUCGUCGUCGCCUCUUUUCCGGUCUGUGCGUUCGCUGAGCUCGCGAACAGCCAGCGCGCACGAGAAGUUGACGCGUCUGGCGAGACAAUAGAUGCGAGCGAAGAUACUCUUAUGACGGGAAAACGCAGCAACUAAAUAACAGAUGAGUAUUUCCAUUUCAAAUUCAAUGACUCGCAUCUUCUAUGGCUUUGAGCGAGGAACAAGUUUUGCAGUUACUGAGCUGCUGAGCAGUCAGCUAUUGACUACUCAGCUUGAACAUUCACGCCGUAGUGCCAUAUUUCUAGAUAUAUUUCAUUUGCACGAACAAGGUUCGUUGCAAUCAUAUAGCAAGCCAUUCGCAAAUUCUCCUUUCAUUACUGCGGGUCCGGAUUCCAAUGGAGACCGGAGCCGGAGGAACCAUGAUAUAGGAGAACAGGGCGAACACAUAGGCGAAGUUCGUCGCCACGUGACAGACAAGCGGAGGCGGAAGACGAAUAUGGUCGACAGCCGUUUUCUACAACCACACGGCUGGCCUUUGCAAAGUGGUAAUAUGCUGUUCAUUUAUUUUUCGAGAUAAUUAUAUUGUACUAAUUGUAUUGCUCGCAGUGGCAAUGUCACUCUUCAAUUGAGUAUCAUGUUAAUGUUUUUUAUGCUACUUAGCAAGAGAUGGCUAAUAUCGUCAGAACAACAUAACUCUUGACAUGACUGGAGGAAACAACUCGUAGCAAGCUGUUGGAGCCUGCUUCAUCAGCUAAUGUACUACUUUUUUCACUAGUUGUUGUAAUGAUGUGAAAAUUUAUUUUCUUCUUUAGAUCAUGUUGCAGAAGUAGACUCCAAGGGAACCAGUAGCUGGUCUCAAACGUAUUCUCCUGGUCGUGGUGGCGUGGACGAGUCUUUUAUGCACGGCAAUGCCAGCAUACGCAUAGCAGGGACGUAUACUAACUCGACCUUCGUCAUGAGUUCGGAUAUGGACAAUUCGUUUCUGGAGAAGGCGACAGACGUGAAGGCUUCGACCGAAGGCGGCAACGAGGGCUCGGAGAAUACAUCGCCAACAUUCUCCGAAUCCUCGUCCGAGCUCGUUUUACAGAAACCAGAAAAGAUGCGGAGCCCAGAUGAAGUAGUGCCUGUAUCACUCGGCAUAACCGUCGGGGGUCUGGAAAUUACCAUCGAUGACAAAAUUGUGCUUGAGACAAUGGACAUCAUCGAAAUGAGCAGACCGGGACUGCUGCUUCUCCGAAGUCGCGGCAUCGAUUUGGAGAGCGAACUGGCGCGGGCCAUAAGUGCCAGAGCUGACAGCACUGCUAAUCAGGACAAAAGCUUGCGGGGUGUCGCGACUGAGAUGGGGACUGGGUCCCGCGUGCUGGCAGAAUAUCGCAAAGCCUCCCAAGAAUUUGUCAGCGCAUUUAGGUCGUCCAGAAAACCCGAGGCAUCCGCGGGAAGGAAACCAGAAACAGCUGGUAUCUAUUGAUAAAUUCUUUGACCACAAUUCUUCACAAGGGUAAUAACAGUAGUAAUGUUUAGCAACUUUCUGCAGAGGUGCAUCCGCACUCUCGUUGAUCAAGUACUCCCAUCGUUGUUUUCAUCUCUUGUUCAUCUCAUUGUACGCCAGGUUCUGCAACUGGGGAAAACCUGGCGCAGUCAGAGCGUCGUAAAAUACGCAACGCGAUCAGCGGCGACGUAAUUUACACGAUUUCCUCUGGUGCGGUUAAUUCCGACAAAAUGAAAAUGGGAGAGCUGAAGCUCGAAGUCCUCUCGCGGUUGUCUCUGAUCGGUGGAAGUGGUGCCAUUUUCAUCUCCGGACCAAAUGCUAGGAUACUCGCGGACAGCGAGCCCGUGCAAACUGUUCUGCAUAACGAUGGGAGCAUUGCCGUCAUCCAGGGUCAAAAAGGUAUUGCUUCACUGUGUCACUCAACAAUUAUGUCACGAAUGUGGCUGAAAUCAACAUAGCAAUAGUUGCUACUUCUGCUGUAUGAACUCUUCCACUUACUCGAGGCAAGCUGAAACAUCAUGGUGUAUGAUCUGUACUCUUCGUUGCACCUAAAUUCGGUAAAAGACUUCAGGUCAACAGUAGUAUCAAUAAUUUUUUCUACCCACAUUCAUACGACCAGAUAAAUCAAGUUUGGCCGCUGCGGCAUAUGCGUUCGUCAAGCACUCGCAAACCUUAGUUGAGGUGGUGGAGAAGGAUGGAGAAACCGAGGCGGCCUCAGUACAACCGGAAAAAAUGCUCGAGAUCUUCCAACAAAUUUUCCAGAGUAAUAGGGCUUGGAUUUUAUUAUUAUUGUUUUUUCUACGACGUCUUUUAGAUUUUUUAGUGAAAAUAUUAGAAGAUCACAUAUUUUGAAUUUGGGACAGGAACGCAGCCCUACAAGAGCAGCACACCCCUCCCACCUUCCUCCGAGUCAUCGCCUUCGCUGUAUGUAACAAGUAUCCCACCAAUAAACAGCUCUCUUUCCGGAAGGGUGGAUGCCGGGAUUGGCUCAGGCAGGAGACCGUUUUUGGGAAUCAGACAUUUACGGCAUUUCACGAGACAUCAACUUGCGGAUUAGUGGAAAUGAGGCCAUUGCAAGAAAGACGAAGUGCAGCCCAGGCAGCGACUCUCUUCAAAACAGGUAAGAAAAUUCCAGCCCUGCUAGGGGCUCCUUACUCCAUGACUCUGAAACCACAGGGAAGCCACCAAAAGGCUCGUCGGCCUUUUGCGCUGUAGUUACCGAAGUAGGCGCGUGCUCUCCCAUCCCCAUGAAGACAGGCCAAUGCCUUCGCUGUCUUGAUCUCUCCCCUUCCCCCCACGUCACUCACCCACUCACUCCUCCUAGGGGUGCCUGGCGUCAGUGACAUUCUACUUCCACCGCUGUUCGCCGUCGAUGGGCCAGGCAAGCAGCAUCGGGCUUGUUGGUAGCUCAAGGGGCUCGGGGGUGGUUCGCGUCUAUCGCUGGCAGCCACUCCUUUUGUUUUUGUUCCCAGGUUUCGGGCAGGCUUUUGGCCUUCAGGGUUGUGGUUUUGUUCGCCGUUUAUUUUUCUGGCAAGAAGUAGCUUCUUAGUCGCUUCUUGGAUCUUGGGAUGCUCCGUGAGUUUCUUCCUGCGCUUUUUAUGCGUCGCCCGUGGUCUCGCUUUUAUUCUGAGUUUUCUCGCAAGGUGGCCCAUUCCCUCUUCCGGCUGCUUCGCUUCUGUGUUCUGCCCUUGUAUGGGCUCUCGGUCGUCUCGUGUUCGUCGGCGUGCCGUAUCCGGGUGCAUCGAUUCAACACAGCCACAACCUUAAAAACAGGCUCGACAACUGCGGGCCAUCGUGCAAAGGCGAGGAGGGGCUGAAGAAGUGGGUUGUACUUGGUUUCGUGGACACGUGUCAGCUCCUGCUUAUUGUUGACAUCCAGGAACGGUCCGCACCUACGCUGGUGGAUUGGUUCAGUACAGAAGACAGAAGUUAGUUUCUACUUGAGUCAUGACAUUAUAACAUGCGCACUUGAUGAAAAUGGCUGACAUGUAGGUGAAGAGGAAGGACGACAGUCGGGGGGUAACUCCAUCUCUGCCAGGGCGUUCUAUCUGUUCUUCGAGCACUACAGGACCUGUCUGCGUGCUGUUUUUCCAUGGCUUAACUUAAUGCAGGAGACUGGUCGAGCAAAUAAGUGCCC